UAAAAGAGCUGUUGCAUCCUUACUAACAACCACAUAAUGUAUUUUUGUGCUGUGUAUUUGGGACUGCUUCUGCCUUUGAAUCAUGUUUGUGCAUUUGGAGAGGGAAGCACAGAUACUUUUUGUUUUGUUUUUUUAAAUACUGGAGUGGAAGAUCACUUCCUAUCGAGGCCAAAUGCCCUGGUUUGCCAAAAUGGGCUGCUUGCAAGGGUCUAUGUGAUCCUUCUUAUCACACAGCUUUCCUACAAUACUGUGUCUGUUAUUUUCAGGGUGGGUAAUCUUCAGAUAUUAAUGUGUCUUUAACUCCCUUCUAAAAAAGGACAAUGUGUCUCAUGAUUAUCAUAAUUUGUCUAUUCUUGUCUCCCUUACUUUUUCUGUUCUCUUGUUUUUUUUUUCCUUUUCAGGAUGGAGUAGGUGUAGAUGAGAAGCUGUCUUUACGGCGGGUGGCCGUCGUGGAAGAUUUCUUUGACAUUAUUUAUUCCAUGCAUGUUGAAACUGGGCCAAAUGGAGAACAAAUCAGAAAACAUGCUGGACAAAAGAGAACAUAUAAAGCAAUUUCAGAGACCUAUGCCUUCCUACCGAGAGAAGCGGUGACACGAUUUCUAAUGAGCUGCUCAGAGUGCCAGAAAAGAAUGCAUUUAAACCCAGAUGGAGCGGAUCAUAAAGAUAAUGGAAAACCUCCAACUUUGGUGACCAGUAUGAUUGAUUACAACAUGCCCAUUACUAUGGCUUAUAUGAAACACAUGAAGCUGCAGCUACUAAACUCACAGCAAGAUGAGGAUGAAAGUUCUAUAGAAAGUGAUGAGUUUGAUAUGAGUGACUCAACUAGAAUGUCAGCUGUGAACUCUGACCUCAGCUCAAAUCUGGAGGAGAGAAUGCAAAGUCCUCAGAACCUCCAGGGCCAGCAGGAUGAUGAUUCAGCCGCAGAGAGUUUUAAUGGCAAUGAGACCGUGGGACACAGUUCCAAUGCUUCAGGGGGAACACACUGCAGGGAGAUGGCAGAAACCAACAGUAAUGGGAAAACAAAUCUGGAGCAGGAUGAGCAGCCUCUGAACCUGAGUGACAGUCCUCUUUCUGCUCAGCUGACUUCAGAAUACAGACUAGAUGAUCACAGCAGUAAUGGAAAGAACAAAUACAAGACUCUCCUAAUUUCUGAUCUCAAGAUGGAACGGGAGGCAAGAGAAAAUGGAAGCAAGUCCCCUGCACAUAGCUAUUCAAGCUAUGACUCUGGCAAGAAUGAGAGUGUAGGCAGAGGUGCUGAAGAUCUGUCUCUGAAUCGAGGAGAUGAGGAUGAGGAUGACCAUGAUGAGCAAGAAGAUCCUGAGAAGGUUAAUGAAUCAGAUGGGGUAGAAGCUGAGCGACUGAAAGCUUUUAACAUGUUUGUCAGGCUGUUUGUAGAUGAAAACUUGGACCGAAUGGUCCCAAUCUCUAAGCAGCCCAAAGAAAAGAUCCAGGCUAUCAUUGACUCAUGCAGGCGACAAUUCCCUGAGUAUCAAGAGCGUGCCAGAAAACGCAUACGUACUUACCUCAAGUCCUGCAGGCGGAUGAAAAGAAGUGGUUUUGAGAUGUCACGACCUAUUCCCUCACACCUUACUUCAGCAGUUGCAGAGAGUAUCCUGGCUUCCGCCUGUGAGAGUGAAAGCAGAAAUGCUGCAAAAAGGAUGCGGUUGGAUAGACAGCAGGAUGAGGCUGCUCCAGCUGACAAGCAGUGCAAACAGGAGCCAGCCCAGGUCACUUACUCAACAUCAGCUGUUUCCAGCACGCAGGAGGUGUUGUACAUCAACGGCAAUGGGACCUACAGUUACCAUAGUUACAGAGGGCUCGGAGGUGGGCUGCUAAAUCUCAAUGAUGCUUCUAGCAGUGGUCCAACAGAUCUCAGUAUGAAGAGGCAGUUAGCAACCAGCUCUGGAUCCUCCAGUAAUUCCAGCUCCAGACCCCAGCUGAGUCCGACUGAAAUAAAUGCAGUGAGGCAGCUUGUGGCAGGGUACCGAGAAUCAGCCGCAUUUUUAUUGCGCUCUGCAGAUGAACUGGAAAACCUUAUUUUGCAGCAGAACUGA